AAAAUUGGUUCCAAGUUGAAAGUAGAGCUCUAGUCUUGCUGAAUCGUGGAUGCCAAGGAAUUGAAUAUAGUGCCAAGACAGAACAGAUGGUGAGAUGAUCAAGGUGAAGUCAACGUCCCACCCCGCCUGCCCUGCCCCAAAGAUACAGGAAAGAAAUGGUACCCACGUAGAGAUGAGGACGGAUAGAAGCUUUGUUAACAAGCUGUUUCAGUACCUUUUCUAUGUACAAUUUCUAGUUAUCACAGUUCUGGUACUUGUUCUCACGGUACGUGGUGUCUUAUCGGCUGCCCACACCCAUCAUUUCCACCCAAAGAAAUGGUACGUUCCAGUCCUCUCUUCAACGGCUUGUGCAGGAAUCAUAGGAUUUGCAUGGCAAGAGUUGACAUGUUUCAGUCCUUUAAGAAUGGUUAAGGCCACAUUCUGGCUUAGCCCUCUCCUUACCUGUGCAUUUGGGAUCUUACUUGUCUCCAUAGAAACUCCAGGGAGUGUAGCAGCAUCGGUGAUUGCCCUGGUUUCUUCUGUGAUUCAAUCCCUGUACGCCUGUUGGGUUAGUCCCAGAUUUCAGCAUGCAAAUAGGAUAGUAACAGUUUCCAUAGCACAUCAUCCUCCAAAAGUGAAAGCCAUGGUACUUCUUUCAAUAAUCAUAUGCACUGUUUAUUUGGCUUCCUUGAUGUCCGGCAUUGGGGGAGCCACCGCCACUGAAGCUUAA